AUGGUCAUAUUACUCAGAGCAAGUUAUCCAUUGCAGAGACUUCCAGAGAGUGCUGUGGUUGUGUAUGGAGAUUAUCUAGGAGACAACGUAGUUCUCAAGGUUCCGAAUGGAGAAAAAUGGCCGAUAGGAUUGACUAGCCGUGACGGCAAGGUUUGGUUAAACAAGGGCUGGUCAAAAUUCGCAGAGUUUUACUCACUAGACCAUGGGAACUUACUGAUAUUCAGCUUUGAAGGAGAUCAUUCUCACUUCCACGUGCGGAUUUUCUCGAGGAGUUGUUUAGAGAAAGACUUCGGUUCAUUUUUUAAUGUUGAAGACAACUUAAGUGGUGAGACAGAUAAUGUUGGUUCAUCCGAGUCACCUCUAAUGGGGUCGUGUAGCAAGAGAAAUGGUAAAGGCCCUGCGUUUCCGCUGAAUGCUCCUCCAAGCUUCUUCAAGGUUGUCCUGGAUGAUACACUUCGAGAUGGGAGGAUCAAAACCGUUGACUUGCCUUGCACAUAUCCUGCAUUUACCUGCUCCUAUGUAUAUUUUGAUCUUGUUUUCGAACUGAAAAUUCCACCGAUAGGUUCAAUGAAAUAUGAAGAUUUUAUCGGAGACAAAAUGUUCCUUGAAGUUCCAAAUGGAUUAGUAUGGCCAGUAGAACUGUCAAGGCGUGAUUGUGAGAUUUGGUUACGAAGGGGCUGGCUGAAGUUUGCUCGAUUUUACUUCCUCGAGCUGGGGUGCUUAUUGUUGUUCACCUACAAAGGGGUCUAUUCCCAUUUCCAGGUUCGCAUUUUUCGAAGGAAUACUUUAGAGAUGGACUACUUCAAUUUAAGCGAUGAAGAUGAAACCGAUUCCAAUUCAAGUGGGGAAAUUGAAUGUCAAAGAAUGAAGCAUGACAAGGAAAGGAGGACUCACGGUGGUGAUGGAGGCAUGUCUGCUGCACACAGAUCACCAAAGGUCCUUUCGAGAACUGCUCAGAGUGAAUUGGAAGAUAAAACUGAAAGAGCCUUUGCGAAAGCUAGAAGUUUCAAAUCUCGCAAUCCAUUUGUUGUGAUCAGAAUGCGACCAUCAUACAUUUCAACUCACUUGAAAUUACCUAUAUACUUUGCCCAGGAACAUAUUUGUGAAAGCGGCGAACGCAAGGUGACUCUAAAGAUUUCAGAUAUGAGAUCUUGGUCUGUUAAGUGCAUUAUCCAGGUAUACAACUGUCAGACAUGUGCAAGAUUCCAGGAUCAUGGUUGGAAAGCGUUUGCAAGAGACAAUAGACUUGAAGAAGGGGAUGUGUGUGUACUUGAGGUGAUACCGAAUACCUCUAAAUGUGCACUCAAAGUUUACAUAUUCCGAGAUAAAGAUCAAUGA